GCGGUCGCGCCGCAUCGCCGCUGCUUUGAAAUAUACCUGCACCAAGACGCGUCCACGUUGAUUCAAAUUGUCCUUUACGUGAAAUAAGUGUCGAUUUUUUUUGUGAGCAGUGUAUAUGUCUAUACUGUGCCAAGUGUCACUUAAAUAAGGAUAUAAUUUAUUUAUGCAGAAAGUGUAAUUUCCCCCGAACUGUGAUAGAGCGACAUCCAUAACUGAACAUUAUUAAAAAAAAAACGCUUUUCCUGUGUAACUUGUAUUAGUGCCUUUACCGAACCAAAAAAGAGCUUAGUGUGAUAAUUAAGGACCAAAUUGAACAGCCUUACUUCUACUGUUUAUUAUUACAUAUCUUCCUUCUACUACCCAUCUCGACUGACUUUUACGUUUUCCUUCAAUAUUUGUGAUAUGAGUGUCGACGAUACUUGUUAAAAACGUCGACCGCAACAAGCAGAAUGGUGGUGCUACAAGACAGCGGGUCCCCGUUACAGGCCCCGGCGGCCCUGCUGGACCCCCUCGACUACAGGCAAACUCCCACGUGUCUCAAGAUGAUGACCAAACGUUACAUCAACAUACACCAGUGGCUCGGACCCGUCUGUCCCAAAGAACUGAAAGCACAAAUUCAAUUGUUCAGAUCUCAGCAAUCGCAGGCGGCCACCCCGAGCGCCGCCCAGCUUCAGCUCCUGCAGCAACAGCAGCAGCAGUACUUGGCGCAGCAGCAGCAGGCGGCCGCCUUUCCGCAGCCACCCUACGUCCUGAAUCCCCAGCAGGAGCCCUACCUGAUCACAGCCGGCGUCCCGCAGUACUACGGCGUCGGCCCCUGGGUCUAUCCCGCCCCUCCGGCCAACUUGAUCCAGCAGGGAGCCAGCAACGGCGCUAGAAGACCGUUGACUCCGAAUGGAACUGCCGAAGCCCAGCAACAAGUGCAGGCCCAGGUGCCUGGCGGCUACAUCGUCCCCUACUACGAUCAGAGCACGCCGAUCCUUAUGGCGCAGGGCGCCGCGAUGCGCAACGGCACGCCGAUGCGCCUCGUGUCGCCGGCGCCCGUGCUCGUGCAGCAGCAGCCGCAGGCCAAUCGACAGACGCAGGCAGCUGCGGCGGCCGCGGCCGCAUCGCUCUACUCGAGCACGCCGCAAAGCAUCUACGGAGCGAACGUCAACACUUCGGUCAACGGAGGCACCCUAGGAGAUAACUUGACUGGUUUGGGCUUGAGCACCACCGCAACAGGUAGACGCGAUUCCUUCGACAGAAACACGUCGGCGUUCUCGCCUUCGUUGGACUACAGACAGAAAUGGCCGACUUCGUACAACAUCGGAAGCAGCCCGAGCCCGUUGGCCGGGAGUUUGACGCCACCGCCGAGCGGUUCCUUGCAGCUCGGCGGCCUGGUGACGUCGCGAGUUCUUUCCGCCGCACCCGGGGCCGAAGCGAAAUACAGGAACUCCGUGGCCGCCGGUCUGUCCGCGAACGCGAUGUUCGGCUCGACGAAUUCCCUGUUCACCAAGAUCAAUUCAUCGCUGACCGCCGUGCCGAGCACGUUGGACAAGGGACCGCAAGGGAGGUCGAGAUUGUUGGAGGACUUCAGGAACAACAGAUACCCCAACUUGCAGCUGAGAGAUCUGGCCAAUCACAUCGUGGAGUUCUCGCAGGACCAGCACGGGUCGAGGUUCAUCCAACAGAAGCUGGAGCGGGCGACCACCACGGAGAAGCAGAUGGUGUUCAACGAGAUCCUGUCGGCCGCCUACAACCUGAUGACCGACGUGUUCGGCAACUACGUGAUCCAGAAGUUCUUCGAGUUCGGCACGCCCGAGCAGAAGACCACGCUGGCCCAGAAGGUGCGCGGGCACGUGCUGCCGCUCGCGCUGCAGAUGUACGGGUGCAGGGUGAUCCAGAAGGCGUUGGAGUCGAUUCCGGCCGAGCAGCAGCAGGAGAUCGUCAGGGAGCUGGACGGGCACGUGCUCAAGUGCGUCAAGGAUCAGAACGGAAAUCACGUGGUGCAGAAGUGCAUAGAGUGCGUUGAUCCGAAUGCGUUGCAGGGUAAAUAUUUGUUCCAGUUCAUCAUCCAGUCGUUCUCGGGGCAGGUGUACACCCUGUCGACGCACCCGUACGGGUGCCGCGUGAUCCAGCGCAUCCUGGAGCACUGCACGCCCGAGCAGACGGCCCCGAUCCUGGCCGAGCUGCACCAGCACACCGACCAGCUGAUACAGGACCAGUUCGGCAACUACGUCAUCCAGCACGUAUUGGAACAUGGCAAGCCCGAGGACAAGUCGCAGUUAAUUAACACGGUGAGGGGCAAGGUGCUGGUGCUGAGCCAGCACAAGUUCGCCAGCAACGUGGUGGAGAACGCUUUGCACGUGAUGAUGAAGGACCAGUACGCCAACUACGUGGUGCAAAAGAUGAUCGACGUGAGCGAGCCGACGCAACGCAAGGUGCUGAUGCACAAGAUCAGGCCGCACCUGAACUCCCUUCGCAAGUACACCUACGGCAAGCACAUCAUCGCCAAGCUCGAGAAGUACUUCAUGAAAGCCCCGGGCUCGAUGGGCUCCAUGGGCCCGGCCGAGCUGGGCCCCAUCGGCCCCCCGCCCGCCAACGGAGUCCUCUAAGCGAGUAACGAACUCUUUUUGCUUUCCGGCGUCAAGCCGACCCCCUUUUUUUAUUAUUAACAUUAUCAUUAUUAUAACGCAUUUUUUUAAGUUUUCGACCGAUGCGCGCCGCUUUUUUGGCGCGCGGUUCCAGUAUUUUUUCUUUUCAUUUCUCCCCCCCCCCUUUAAUCCGCCCGCGCGGCGACGAGUUUAUAAUAUUUAAUUUUCGUAUUUUUUUAUGCUUUUUUUCUCUUAUUUUUUAUUAAGGUCCUAGCAUAGUUAAGAUUAUCGUGUAUACAUAAUGUCUGUAUUAUAGUUGUAAUUUAUGUAUUUUGUCUCACAUCAUAAUAUCGUUGUGUUUGCUUGGCUUUUGUUUUAGAGUUUAGUUUCAUUUUAAUUAAGCAAGUUCACUUUUCUUUUGGCGGUUCAACGAUGACUUUUCAGUUUAUUUGUAAAAACAAAACAAAAGGCAAACAAUUUCAAUUGUGCGUGUUCAUCGAUGUUUUGUGUCUCUUUAAAUUAACGCUACUGGUUGUAUUAUAGGCAAAAUUUUAACGAAACGAAUCUCAAAUUUUAUUUUAACUUUAAAUAAUACUGCGGUGUGUCCAGCAGGACAAAUGGACUAAAAUUUUCGUUUUUUGAUCGAAAGUCAUUCUUCAGUAAAAAGUUCUGUUUGUUUUAAUUUAAAAAUAUUAUACAGUGGGUCAAAAAACAAAAAAGCAUGAAAUACUAUCAAGAGUAAACUACUUUUAUUUUUCGUUUUGGAGCAAAGUGAGAAAUGAAAAAAAGAUUUCAAAGUAUUCUAAAAUUUCAAAAUUAAAUUUCUAAUUUUAACUCUAAAACGCCUUUACUAAUCUUUGUGAUAUUUUGUAUAAAAAUACUUUAACUUAUAUCUCAGUUUACGUGUUUGAGGGUU